AGCGAGCGGUGGGGGAGAGAAGGAGUCUGUCUGCAAAGUGCUGCUCCCUGGUGCUCAGAGGCGGCUGCUCCAACUCUCAUUCAUUUCGCCGGUUAACAUGAGAGAUCAUGGCCGCCUUCGGGCUUCUCAGCUAUGAGCAGAGACCGCUGAAACGCCCCCGGCUCGGGCCGCCCGACGUCUACCCACAGGACCCCAAGCAAAAGGAGGAUGAACUCACUGCUGUGAAUGUAAAGCAAGGCUUCAACAAUCAGCCAGCCUUCACUGGAGAUGAACAUGGCUCAGCCAGGAAUAUUGUAAUUAACCCGUCAAAGAUUGGAGCGUAUUUCAGCAGCAUAUUAGCUGAGAAACUAAAGCUUAACACUUUCCAAGACACUGGAAAGAAGAAACCACAAGUUAAUGCUAAAGAUAACUAUUGGCUGGUUACUCCUCGGUCCCAGAGUGCAAUUCAUAGUUGGUUCUCUGACUUAGCAGGAAGUAAACCACUUGCCAUUUUGGCAAAAAAGGUUCCCAUCCUUAGUAAAAAAGAAGAUGUUUUUGCAUACUUAGCUAAAUAUUCAGUGCCAAUGGUUCGAGCAACGUGGCUGAUCAAGAUGACAUGUGCCUAUUGUUCUGCCAUCUCUGAAGCUAAAAUUAAGAAGCGCCAGGCUCCCGAUCCCAAUUUGGAGUGGACUCAGAUUUCUACCAGAUACCUCCGAGAGCAGUUGGCUAAGAUUGCCGACUUUUACCACAUGGCUCCCAGUGCUGGCGAUGGCCAUGUGCCGAUGCCUCCUGACGUGGAGCAGGCGAUGAAGCAGUGGGAAUACAACGAAAAGCUGGCAUUUCACAUGUUCCAGGAAGGAAUGCUGGAGAAACAUGAGUACUUAACGUGGAUCCUGGAUGUUUUAGAAAAGAUCCGGCCGAUGGAUGAUGAGUUCCUGAAGCUCUUGCUGCCGUUAAUGCUGCAGUAUUCAGAUGAGUUUGUGCAGUCGGCCUACCUGUCCCGCCGCCUCGCCUACUUCUGUGCCCGGCGUCUCUCUUUGCUGCUCAGCGAUAGCCCCAGUCUGCUGGCCGCCCAUUCCCCUCACAUGAUGAUUGGACCAAACAGCUCCAGUAUCGGGGCCCCAAGCCCCGCCCCGCCCGGCCCUGGCAUGAGCCCCGUUCAGCUGGCCUUCUCGGAUUAUCUUUCCUGUGCGCAGCAUGGUCCCCUGGUUUACGGACUUAGUUGUAUGUUGCAGAUUGUCACUCUGUGUUGCCCAAGUGCCUUGGUGUGGAAUUACUCCACAAAUGAAAACAAGAGCGCCAACCCAGGUUCACCCCUGGAUCUGCUACAGGUGGCUCCCUCUAGCCUCCCCAUGCCGGGGGGGAACACAGCCUUCAAUCAGCAGGUUCGGGCAAGGAUUUACGAGGCAGAGCAGCAGAUAAAACAAAGAGGCCGUGCAGUGGAAGUGCGGUGGUCUUUUGACAAGUGCCAAGAGUCAACAGCAGGGGUGACUAUUAGUCGGGUUUUGCACACACUGGAAGUCUUGGAUCGUCACUGUUUUGACCGGACAGACUCCAGCAACUCAAUGGAGACACUGUAUCAUAAGAUCUUCUGGGCAAACCAAAGCAAAGAUAGCCAAGAGGUUGCCCCCAACGACGAAGCUGUGGUGACGCUGCUGUGUGAGUGGGCUGUGAGCUGCAAGCGCUCAGGCAAACACAGGGCCAUGGCAGUGGCCAAACUCCUGGAGAAGAGGCAAGCCGAAAUCGAGGCCGAGAGAUGUGGAGACUCUGAAGUCCUGGAUGAAAAGGAAUCUGUUUCUUCAGCCUCUCUUGCUGGUUCUAGUUUGCCUGUUUUCCAGAAUGUUCUACUUAGAUUUUUGGAUACACAGGCACCCUCUUUGUCGGAUCCCAACAGUGAAUGUGAAAAGGUGGAGUUUGUGAACCUGGUGCUGCUCUUCUGUGAGUUCAUCCGCCACGACGUCUUCUCCCACGACGCCUACAUGUGCACACUCAUCUCGCGGGGAGACCUGUCCGUCAGCGCCUCCACCCGGCCACGGUCACCAGCGGGGGAGAAUGUGGAAGAACACUAUACGAAGGACCAUGAUGUGAAAAUGGAGAUCUUUUCUCCGAUGCCUGGAGACACCUGUGAGAAUGCUAACCCUUCCUUGGCCAGAAGAAUGUCAGUUAACGGUGACAAGUUGGCGAAGAGGGAAAAACCGAGGGAAUUAAUCUUUCCAUCUAAUUAUGACCUCCUGCGUCACCUGCAGUAUGCAACACAUUUUCCUAUACCUCUGGAUGAAUCUUCAAGUCAUGAAUGUAACCAGCGCACAAUCCUCCUCUAUGGGGUCGGCAAAGAGCGUGAUGAAGCGAGGCAUCAGCUGAAGAAGAUUACCAAAGAUAUCCUGAAAAUCCUCAAUAAGAAGAGCACCACGGAGACAGGGGGUGGGGACGAAGGACAAAAAGCCAGGAAGAACAGGCAAGAAGCUUUUCCAACACUGGAGACUGUGUUCACAAAACUCCAGCUCCUUUCAUACUUCGACCAGCAUCAAGUCACAUCUCAGAUCUCUAACAAUGUGCUAGAACAAAUUACAAGCUUUGCAUCGGGAACAUCUUAUCAUCUCCCCUUGGCUCAUCAUAUUCAACUCAUCUUUGAUCUCAUGGAGCCAGCACUGAACAUCAAUGGGCUCAUUGAUUUUGCAAUACAGUUGCUAAAUGAGUUGAGUGUUGUGGAAGCCGAAUUGCUCCUCAAGUCCUCCAGCCUGGCAGGCAACUACACCACGGGUCUGUGCGUCUGCAUCGUGGCCGUUCUCAGGCGGUACCACAGUUGUCUGAUCUUGAACCCUGACCAGACGGCCCAGGUGUUUGAAGGGUUGUGUGGUGUGGUGAAACAUGUUGUGAAUCCCUCAGAAUGUUCUUCCCCUGAGAGAUGCAUCUUAGCCUACCUCUAUGAUCUCUAUGUGUCAUGUAGUCACCUCAGAAGCAAAUUUGGAGACCUCUUCAGUAGUGCCUGUUCAAAAGUAAAGCAAACCAUAUAUACUAACGUGGUACCUGCCAACUCUAACUUGCGAUGGGAUCCAAAUUUCAUGAUGACUUUUAUUGAGAAUCCCUCAGCGCGAAGCAUCAACUACUCAAUGCUGGGCAAGAUCCUUAGCAACAACGCAGCCAAUCGCUACAGCUUUGUCUGCAAUACACUCAUGAAUGUAUGUAUGGGCCAUCAGGAUGCUGGAAGGAUCAACGACAUAGCCAAUUUCUCCUCGGAGCUGACCGCCUGCUGCACGGUGCUCAGCUCGGAGUGGUUGGGAGUCCUGAAGGCUCUCUGUUGUUCAUCAAAUCACGUGUGGGGGUUCAAUGAUGUGCUGUGCACCGUCGAUGUGAGUGACCUUUCAUUCCAUGAUUCAUUAGCUACUUUCAUUGCUAUUCUGAUAGCACGACAGUGUUUUUCCCUUGAGGACGUCGUGCAGCACGUCGCACUCCCCUCUCUCCUGGCCGCAGCCUGUGGGGAUGCAGAUGCUGAGCCCGGGGCGAGGAUGACCUGUCGACUCCUGCUCCACCUUUUCCAAGCUCCCCAGGCCUACUUCCUCCCUCAGUCAGCAGGCAAACCUUUUCCUGGAAUAAGAUCAUCCUGUGAUAGACACCUCUUAGCCGCUGCUCAUAACAGCAUCGAAGUGGGAGCCGUGUUUGCUGUGUUAAAAGCAAUUAUGAUGCUUGGAGAUGCCAAAAUUGGCAGUAACAGUGUCAGCUCUUUAAAGAACGAUGACUUCAACAUACGGGGUUUACGUCGGGAUGGCAAUGCUGACGACAUCUGGCCUGCCUCACAGAAUUCCAAAUCCUGCGGGAAAAGCGUUUCCAUAGAAACUGCCAAUUUGAGAGAAUAUGCUAGAUAUGUUCUGAGGACAAUCUGUCAACAGGAAUGGGUCGGAGAACAUUGCUUAAAAGAACCUGAAAGACUAUGCACGGACAAAGAACUUAUAUUGGACCCCGUGCUUUCCAACAUGCAAGCACAGAAAUUACUGCAGCUUAUCUGCUAUCCUCAUGGCAUUAAAGAGUGUGCCGAGGGGGACAACCUGCAAAGACAACACAUCAAGCGCAUCCUUCAGAAUCUUGAGCAGUGGACGCUGAGACAGUCCUGGCUGGAGCUGCAGCUGAUGAUCAAGCAGUGCUUGAAGGACCCUGGCUCCGGAUCUGUGGCCGAGAUGAACAGCCUGCUGGACAACAUUGCAAAGGCCACGAUAGAGGUGUUUCAGCAGUCUGCUGAGCUGAAUAACAACUCUGCUAAUUCCGGCUUGAGCCUCUUCAACCCAAGCAGCAUUGGCAGUGCAGAUACAAGCAGCACGCAUCAGAAUGGAAUCAAGACGUUUCUAAGUUCCUCUGAACGCAGGGGUGUGUGGUUGGUGGCUCCCCUGAUUGCCCGGCUGCCCACCUCUGUGCAAGGAAGAGUGUUGAAAGCUGCUGGGGAAGAAUUGGAGAAGGGGCAGCAUUUGGGCUCUUCUUCCAAAAAGGAAAGAGACAGACAAAAACAGAAAAGCAUGUCCCUUUUGAGCCAACAACCUUUCCUCUCACUGGUACUUACCUGCCUUAAGGGACAAGAUGAACAGCGGGAAGGCCUCUUAACAUCUCUCCAGAACCAAGUUAACCAGAUUUUAAGUAACUGGAGAGAGGAGCGGUGCCAGGAUGACGUGAAAGCACGGCAGAUGAUGCACGAAGCAUUGCAAUUGCGCUUGAAUUUGGUAGGAGGAAUGUUUGACACGGUGCAGAGGAGCACGCAGUGGACCACAGACUGGGCUCUCCUGCUCCUGCAGAUCAUCACUUCGGGAACUGUUGACAUGCACACCAACAAUGAACUAUUCACAACAGUUCUUGACAUGCUGGGUGUUCUAAUCAAUGGGACAUUAGCCUCUGACUUACCCAACGCAUCUCCAGGGGGCUCGGAAGAGAACAAGCGUGCAUACAUGAAUUUAGUCAAGAAGCUGCAGAAGGAGCUAGGAGAAAAGCGCUCGGAAAGCAUUGACAAAGUUCGGCAGUUGCUGCCUUUGCCGAAGCAGACCUGUGAUGUCAUCACGUGUGAACCUAUGGGUUCCUUGAUCGACACAAAGGGAAACAAGAUCGCUGGAUUUGACUCUAUAGACAAAAAACAGGGUCUCCAGGUCUCCACGAAGCAGAAGGUGUCCCCGUGGGACUUGUUCGAGGGUCAGAAGAACCCAGCUCCUCUGUCCUGGGCCUGGUUCGGAACUGUCCGAGUGGACCGGAAGGUGGUCAAGUAUGAGGAACAGCAUCACCUGCUCUUGUACCACACACACCCCAUGCCCAAGCCCCGAAGUUACUACCUCGAGCCGCUGCCCCUACCUCCCGAGGAGGAAGAGGAAGAGCCCACAUCUCCAGUUUCUCAGGAACCAGAGAGAAAAUCAGCUGAUCUGUCAGAUCAGGGAAAGACUGCCACAGACGAAGAGAAGAAAACAAAAGGGAGGAAGCGGAAGAGCAAGUCGAGCUCAAGAGCUGACGAGUAUCCACAGAGCAACAUAUACCGAGUGCCUCCGAAUUACUCUCCUCUUUCCUCCCAAAUGAUGCACCAUCCACCGUCCACCUUGUGGAGCUACAACCUCAUGGGCCAGCCCCAGCAGCCCAGCUUUUUCCUUCAGAACCAAUCUCUCAGUGCAGGUGGCUCCAGGUUGGACCCUGCGGGCUCCUUCGUCCCCUCCAAUACCAAACAAGCUCUGUCCAACAUGCUGCAGCGGCGCUCGGGCGCCAUGAUGCAGCCGCCCUCCCUGCACGCCAUCACUUCGCAGCAGCAGCUCAUACAGAUGAAACUCCUGCAGCAGCAGCAGCAACAGCGCCUCCUCAGGCAAGCGCAGACUCGGCCUUUCCAACAGGGCCAGCCCGGGGACCAGGCUGCUCUCUUUGCUGCACAAGCACGGCCUGCCCUUCAACUCCCCCAGUAUCCAGGGCUGCAGCAAACACAGACGCUGCCCCAGGGCUAUACGAUGUAUGGAACACAGAUGACGUUGCAGCAGACAGCACAGCAGCAAGCCAGCAGCAUGGUCCUGUCUCCUGGCUACAACCCCCGGAACUACCCGGCCACACACUCCAACCCCGCGCUGCUGGAAAGACUGCGACAGAUUCAACAGCAACCUAGCGGCUACACGCAGCAGCAAGCCUCGCCCUACCUGCAGCCCCUGGCUGGCUCUCAGAGACUGAACCACCAGGCUCUACAGCAGAGCCCUCUGGUGGGCGGAGGAAUCGACGCUGUACUGACCUCCACACACCCUGCCCUUCCCUCAGUGCCCCUGCCUCAGGACCCUAUGAGGCCCAGGCAGCCACAAGUUCGACAGCAGCAAAGACUCCUCCAGAUGCAGCAGCCCCAGCCAGCCCCGCAGCCCCAGCCACCUGCACAGCCCCAAAGUCAGCCCCUGGGACUCCAAGCAAUGCAGCCCCAGCAGCCUUUGUUCCCCAGGCAAGGCUUACAGCAGACCCAGCAGCAGCAGCAGACGGCAGCCCUGGUGCGGCAGCUCCAGAAGCAGCUCUCUAGUAACCAGCCACAGCAAGGAGCGACUCCCUAUGGGCAUCCUUCACAUUUCUGAAUGUGGAAGAGGAGAAACAUGAAAUUUUAUGUUUGCACUGAAAAAAUGGAAAGUCAAACUUAAUGUAUUAGUCAUUCUUAGAAAUGUCUCUGUUCUUUGUUUUAUGCUACAUCUCACACAAGGUGUCUAGACAAAAAAUAGGAGGGGGAGUUGUCGUUUAGCUUUGUCACUGUCAGAUUUAAAGUAGGCUAAGAAAUGUGGGUUGUGUAGGCCUCUGCCAGGAAGAACGUGGCCGCAGAAAAUUGGUGCUUUUCUUGAAUCCCUUAUUUAUAGAAAGAAGAUGAUGAUGGAUUUAAAUAUUUAUAUGUUCAUUGAUGAUGGUGUUUGUUUCUUCCAAACUGUGCUGGACCAAGCUACUGAUCUGAAAGGCACAUUCGAUCUUGACAGGAGGGUGACU